UUCAUUAAGACUUUUGCAGGAGUCGCGAAUUUCCUUGGAACUUCCAAUGAUUAUACCAGUAGCUUUCAAUUCUGGCAAUACUGAACAGAAGUUCACCACUGUAGAUGGACAAUGCGAUUGGUUAAAAAGCAUUAUUGAAGUUUCCAUUGAGAAGGCUAAGGACUAUCUCAAAGGCGAAACUGUGCAACAGAAAAAAGAUAAUUUAGUCAAAGAGCUCAACAAUUUGCAAAAACUUUCCCAAAUACCUGCUGAUAAUUGGUGUUCUUAUUACAUGGAAUGCUGUGAAUUACUUUUCUGUUUUGAAGAACCUUUACCUUUGCGCACUUCACUGGAAUUUUAUUUCCACCAAUUAAAAGAAAAACGUAGGGCUGCUUGUGAUGGCGUCAUUUCCCAUAGCCUACUCCAAAUGGCGUCACUCUCUCAUCAUGAGAAGAAUUCGCCUGUAAUGAACCAUUUGUGCUCUUCAGAAGAUCCGUAUACGGCACUUGUGAGUAUUGUUUUAAGCGAGUUUCCAUUAAUGAGCGUUCCUGUUUAUUUGUUGGAACUGGAGCAAAAGUCAAUUGCUUACAAGUGCCGAAUAAGCAGCUUGAAUGAAGUUCUUGAGAAACUGUGCAAGUUGUAUGCAGCAUUUUCUACUGACUCUACCCUCCGUUCUUUUUCUGACCCGCCACUGGAGCGCCUCGUGGCGAAGCUUCCUUCUCUUGCACCAGAGUGGCUGUCUCAAUAUGUUUUUACAAAAGAGUUCGCUUUAGCCUCCACACUCUGUGAUUUUCAGCUGCUCCUAAACGGGGUCAACCCGCUAACUUUUGAGUUUUAUGGAGUGAACACAGAAGAAGACUCAGCCAGUAGCGAAAGCUCGCUGCCUUCGGAAUGCAUGAAGAUUUUAUCCGAUUCGUCUAAAAAGUCAGAAGAGGUAUUUCGUGAGUCCAAUAAAAACAUUUCGGCAAAAACGCUCUUCUUUGUGUAA